GAAGACGAGGAUGCUGUGGUUGCGCUGGCAACAAACAUUCUAACCGGCAUGCACUGCUUUGAAUCCGCCGCCGAAGUCGAACACACCUAAUGACUCCACACUUUCCUAUGAAGAGGGUCACGUGGUGCUUACCAAGGCUUGUGAUUGGCUGUUGAGACAAGCUGCCUAACACGCUUAGUUUGCUGGGGUUUUAUCGCCUACCUGGUCGAGGGAUGAAUGAAGGAACGUCACCUCGUCAGAUGGACUCGCAGGGUUCCGCCUGCUGCGCUUCGUGCGGUUUGAUGUUUGGUCCUGAAACGAGUCCGCAGCUGUUACCCUGCCUGCACGCCCUGUGCGUCUGCUGCUUCGCCGUGUCCGAGAAAGUUACAGUGUGUCCUGUUUGUCAGGAGAAAUAUGACGCGAAUGAGGUCAUCAGUAACCUUUCGUUGGCUGAACACCACGUCAAUCUCCGUGAAGGUAAUAAGUGCAGCAGCUGUGAUGACCCAUCCAUAUCCGGUUGGUGUGUUGAGUGUCGGGACAAUUUGUGCGCCGUGUGCGUGGCAGCUCAUAAGAGAGCUGAAGACACACAUGAGCAUUAUGUCCAUACUGCAACUCCAGAGUCUCCGAGGCCGGUCAUGUGUCCGAUCCAUGAGCAGGAAGUGAUCAACAGUUUCUGUCUGAUGUGCGACCAACUGAUCUGCAGGAAGUGUCCACCGCUUCAUCCGCAUCACCUACUGCAGUUGAGUCACCAGGCGGUGGGCAGGCAGAGGAAACAGAUCCGCCAGAUGCUCCAGAAGGUGCAGCAGAAAAGCCCGAGUGUCCAGAAGAGUCUAAAUAACCUGCAGGGAAGACUGUCGGACCUGGAGGAGCUGCAAGCUCGACUGCGUCUGGACGUGAAAAAUACCGUAGGCAGACUCUGCAACAUGGUCCUGAAGAAAGCAAGCAAACUCCUCAAGGAGAUAGAGGACGUGUGCAGGAGCGAGAAAGAGAAGAUCGACGAGAGGAGGACGACACUCCAGAGACUGAAGGGGAAGCAGGACUACGUGCUGACCUUCACUGAGAAAGUUCUGGACUCGCAGGACUACACGGUCCUCCUGUCCUGCAAGAAACAGGUUCACCGUCAGCUUCAAUACCUGUUAGAGCAAACGGCGUUUCCCAUGACCACCAUGAUGGAGCUGUACUUCCACAGCAACGAGCUCAAUGUAAAGAAAGUUCUCAAAGCCUUUGGGUGCAUCGAGGCCAGAGAAGUUCCAUUCGCUUGCUCUGAACGUGGGAACGCUUCCAACCAAAUCCUCACCCCAGACGUCCAGAAGACCGCUCCUCCGUCCAUGACGGGUCAGGAUUCACUUCCGUCUGUCGCUCUGCGACGGAUCAGCCCGAGGAAAAGUAUUAAGGACGAUCGCAAAGGCCUGGCUUUUUCUCCGGACUCCUCCAUCCGUGCUCGUCUCUCGUCGUCAUCUUCGCAAGACAACGGAUACUCUGAUUGGCCCGGAUCGAAGCGGUCAUGGUCUUAUCACCCGUACCAGCCUAGAGACACUCUGCAAUCGUCUGGUAAAGCCAUGUCGCGUUCGGAUAAAGGGUCACUCGUUGCUCAGACUUCGCCAUGUGAACCAUCUGGAAGUUGUGCAAGCCAAGCAGAGCCCGGUUCUAGCUCCACGUGGCCAGACGAAACCCCAAUGCAGCCGAUUCCUACAUUUGAAAAGGUGGCGUCUGGCGUUCCUUCCACAAGGUUACAGGAAGAUGGCGAGCUAGUUGGGGAUCAGGCUCGAUUGCAGACUCGCAGCGCUAAUAUCCAAAGCGUCGACUCGUGUCUCAAUGCGCCCCCUAGUGGAAAUCACGCAAACAACCAGGAAGUGAAGCUUUCUGAUCCUUCAGCCCAACCCCCGAACUCGAACCCAGAUCAGUCAGGACCGCAGAACUCCAAACGGCCAGAUCUCGAAGGAAACUUGUUUUGCGAGUCAUACGGUUCAGCCGAUCUCCUAAAUCCCAACAAGGCUGCGAAAACAAUCAGUCCAGUUUCUGCACGCUUUCACGCGGCGAGCUCGAAACCCGAUCUCCGAGCCGGUGAAGCGGACUCCUCGACUCAUCAAAACCUGCCCCCUGUACUAAAGGGUGUAAACGAAGACGACACCACAUUACAGGAAGCGGAGGCUCCGGAAAAGACUUUAACCGAUACCAUGUCUGACAAAUGUCCACCUGAGUACGUUCUCAAGCGCGCGAAAGAACAAACCGACAUCAACACGCUGACUAACGCAUUGCAGAUGGAGCCUGCGCAAACGUCGACUCUUAGCGUCUCGGUUAAAGAGCAACCCGAGACCGUAGAGGUCGCAGAUCUCUCGAGCGGUCACUCCUGUCCUCUAAAGGAGGGGGAUGACGAGAACGGUACACCUGGAACAAAGAUCCGAGAUGAUAAAGGAGGUCUGGUUGUCCUGGACUCUCUGGGCAGAGACUGGCUGCCUCGUAUCUCACUCUGCCGUUUAUCCAUCCGCGAUUAUCCGUCCUCGUGUCCUCCUGCUUUCUCUGUUGUGCGGAGAAAACAUAGCGAUGGAUUUCCCUCCGGUGCGGUCCGGGAGGACGGACAGUCUGUUGUUCCCAGAUGCCUGUCUCGCCCCCUGCUGGUGAAAAAACAGCACUGCGCUGCCUGCAGGAUCUCGGGGAAACUCAUCCAGUGCCGUGUGUGUCGACGGGCUUUCCACAGAGAGUGUCACUUACCACUGAUCUCCUUAAGCAAGACUGAUCAGUGGCGGUGUGUGCUGUGCCGAGACUUAUCUCGCACCGGAGAUUGGGACCUGGAUCCAGAACCUGCUGCUUCUCCGUGUCUCAGUCUGUACGAGCAGAGGAAAUGCGAGUACCUGCUGCUGUCUCUCAGCUGCCACAAACACAGCUCGGCCCUCUACAGGUCGGCUACGCCGUCGUCUCCUCGCUACGUGGACGUGACUCUGGUGCGAGGGCGUCUGCUGGGGAAGCUCACACCUCCGUAUCGGACGCCUGCGGAGUUUGUGUCUGACCUGUGGCUUCUCCUCGACACGCUGCGCAGUUCCUCAAAGAAAGCGCCGCAUGUGGAACAUCUUCAGAGCUUCUUGUCUAAGCAGCUGCGCGGCGUGUUCGGUACCGGUUUACACCCGUCGCUCCUGACGGACCCGUACAGAGGAAGGAGAACCGAGGAACGGAGAAGGAGAGAACUCAAAGCCACACAAAAUAAAUCUGAUCGCACUUGCUGAUGUUUUUGCACUUUUGCACAACCCCCCCCUCCUCCACCCGUCCUCCACCCCUCCACACGUGAGAGCAGUGUGUCAUUGGUUUGUGUUUUGUUUUAUUUUCUGAGAGAAACCGUGAUCAGACACUUAAAUCACUUCUCGGAUUUAAACGGCUGAUUAGUGAGGAGCUAGUUUUAAACGUCGUUUAUGAAAAAUAUAGAGAACAUGCUGCAUUCACCUAAAGGAGAAAGAAAAUGCACCUGGACCCACGUGCGUAUUGUUCUUUAUAAUCAUAUGAUGUGGUUUUGGUUUUGUAAUGCGGUCACGUCUUUAUGAUCUCCUGUGGUGGCCGAGACUUCUGUAAUAAAGACACUGAGUUGGC